AUGUAUUGUCCUGUUCCAAAAGUAGCUACAAAAACUAUUCUUACUGUUAUGCUUUAUAUGCAUGUGCGUGACAUCAACGAACAUCUCAAUACUAAUUGGACAAAUAUUGAUGUUUUUAGAGCUCAAAUGGAACAAAUGAUCAAUAUUUCUGGUUUCAUUCAGGAUCUUCGACAGAAUGGAAUUACAAUUCCAAAAACAGAAGAACCGAAAUCUUUGACAACGUUUCUUCUUAAAGCUUUAAUAUUAUCAGAUGAUCAAUAUACACCUGGUCAAUCUCAACUCUUUUUAUCUCAUUUUCAAAUUGAUGAAUUUAUUAAUCUUCAAUCUCUAACAUUGAUUGAAAUCGAAAGGAAAUCAUUAGAAAUUAUCAAUGAACAUUUAUAUAAACUCAAUCGUU